AAUUAUUCUUUUCAAUGCAUUCCCCAUUUCCCCUCUCUUCUCCACAAUCAUCCAAACUAACAAUUAAACAAAAAUUUUUUGGGUUUUAGUUCAAAUUUCAUUACCUUAUUUGUUUUUUGUUUUUUUUUUCACUUUUAUUCAUUAUAUUUACCUUAUUUUUCAACAUUAAUUGCAUAUCAUCAUAAAAAUUAACAAUUAAACCAUAUUAUUUGUGUGUUUUACUCCAAAUUUCAUUACCUUAUUUGGGUUUUUUUUUCACUUUUAUUCAUUAAAAUUGCCUUGUUUUUCAACAUUAAUUGCAAAUAUCAUUAUUACAAGUAUAAUAAUUAAACCUUAUUAUUCUUGGGUUUAGUCCAUACUUCAUUUUUUUUACUUUUCUAUAUCAAAUUUGCCUUAUUUUUCAACUUUAUUUGCUUAUCAUCAUUAAAAUUUAAAACUAACAAUUAAACCGUAUUAUUUUAAGGUUUUAGUCCAAAUUUUCAUUAUUGCUUCAUUGAAAUUGCCUAAUUUUUCAACUUUAUUUGCAUAUCAUCCAUCUAAAGUACCAUUUUUUAAAUUUAAGUCCAUUUUUCAUCUUUUUUUUUUUUUUUUUUACAUUUUCUUCAUCAAAAUCACCUUGAUUUUCAACUUUUUUUGCAUAUCAUAUUCAAAUAAAAACUACCCAUUUGGGUAAAAUCAUACCAUUUCAAAAUCUAAACCUAACCAACUAAUUUAACUAACAAUCAUGAUGAAUCAACUUGAUUUCUUCAAGAAAUUCAAUCGGUUAAACCCACUUGAACUUUCAAUCACAAUACUUACUUUUUUUAUUCUAAGUUUGUGUCUUUUUUGUUCAUUUUUCUUCUUUGAUAAUGGAGUCGGAUCAUCAUCUGGUGUAAAUUUCUGGGUUGGGGUUGAUUCAGGGCAAAAUAAUAGUAUUGGGUACUUAAAUUUUUCAGAAAAUUGUGAUUAUUUUGAUGGAAAAUGGGUAUGGGAUGAUACUUACCCUCUUUAUAAUUCAAAAAAUUGUUCUUUUAUUGAUGGAGGUUUUAGAUGUUCUGAAAAUGGUAGACCUGAUAAUUUUUAUACCAAAUGGAGAUGGCAACCCAACAAAUGCAAUUUGCCCAGAUUUGAUGCAAAGGUGAUGUUAGAAAAGCUUAGGAACAAGAGGGUUGUAUUUGUUGGAGAUUCAAUUGGUAGAAAUCAAUGGGAAUCCUUUAUGUGUAUGCUUUCAUCAGCAGUGUCUAAUAAGACCUCAAUAUAUGAAGUAAAUGGGAACCCAAUAACAAAGCAUAUGGGAUCUUUGGUGUUUCUAUUUAUAGAAUAUAAUUGCACUAUUGAAUACUACAGAUCUCCAUUUUUAGUAGUGCAAAAUAGACCUCCUUAUGGUUCUCCACCUAAUGUGAGGUACUCUCUGAAAGUAGAUCAACUAGAUUGGAGCUCUAGAAAAUGGAAAGAUGCUGAUGUGCUGGUUUUUAAUGCUGGUCAUUGGUGGACUAAUGAUAAGACUAUUAGGAGUGGUUGCUACUUUGAAGAAGGAGGUGUAUUAAAGAUGAAUAUGACUGUUGAUACUGCUUUCAAACGGUCAAUAGAGACUCUACUCAAUUGGAUUGAUACUCAAGUAAAUACAAACAAGACAAGUGUCUUCUUUCGGUCUUAUGCUCCCGUGCAUUUCAGUGGAGGUGACUGGAAGACUGGUGGGAGAUGUCCGGAAACGACACCGGACUUGGAGACUCCUUACAUGCCUCAAUAUUGGGAUCAUUACAAUCUUUUGAAUGAUGCUUUGUCUGAUCAUGCAAACAAAACUCAUGCUAGUAAAGUGACCUUGUUGAAUGUCACCUACAUGACAUUGCAAAGAAGAGAUGGCCAUUCAUCACUUUACUAUGUCGGGCCUAUACCGGCUCCGCUUCAUCGACAAGAUUGUAGUCACUGGUGCUUGCCUGGUGUUCCUGAUACGUGGAAUGAACUUUUGUACGCAGUCUUCCUCAGGCAACAAUUAUACCAAUCAAAGAAUUUCACUAUGGUCUCGGGAACUGAAGCUUGAUAAAUGAAACUCGUCGUGCUUGAAGGAGCAUGAUUGAGGUGAGGUAUUACUUCUCAAGAGGCAUGGAUUUAGAGGUCCGUAGCCACUUUUGAUUUAAGACCUACUCGAGUUUUCGAUUAUUUUGCUUAAUAGCCAAUGUUAUUGCAUAUUCUCUCUUUCUACUGAAUAGUUUAAUUGUUGGGAGAGCAGUACAAAAAUGUGAGAAUAGGAAUACAAAAAAGUGGUGCAAAAUGCAAUCAUUUUCAUAGAAGAAAAUAUAGCAAAUUCAAGGAGACAUAGUAGUAUGUUACAGUUUGGCAAGUGAUGCAUCCUUACCAGCCUUGCUUGAUUCUUUUUGCCAAUGAAUUGGAAUAUGAAAGUGGAAAAUUACUAUCUUGUGUGGAAAUAUUACUAAGUCGUCUUAAAAUUAAUACUCCGUCACAUAGAUUCUACACCAUUUGACCUGAAAAGGCUCAUAUAUUUGGAUCAAAUGGAAAAGAGUACAUCAUAUGACGACAAUCGUAAGCCAGUCUUCCACAAUUCUUGGGUCUGUGUUGUCACCUUCAGACUUGUAUGUGUGCAAGCCGAUAGGCAAGUUAUCGGAAGAUCAUCUUAGGCUCAGCUUAGGUGAAGAAACAAGAUUUGGAGUAGAUAUUGAAAAUUCACUGGCAUGAAGGACUUAAGUGAGGCAAAAAUAGCUUCUGAAACAUUUGUUAGUUUAAUGCGAUUGAAAUAUAGUCCAACCUUAUCGUGAUCAUAUUGUAAACAUUUGUUAGUUUAAUGUGAUUGAA